AUGUCGUCCAGACGUGCGUCGCUGACUCGUACCUCUUUGCAUAAGAGGCGCUGUGUUCUUUUCUUAACAAAUAGCGAGCGCGGAAAGGCGAGCGUUCUCUUAGCUGUGGCUUAUGAGUUCCUGCUCAACUCAUCCUAUGAGAUCCAUGUUGGGUCUUUCAGGUCUCUUAAAAAGCAGAUUGCGGAACUGAACUAUCAUGUUGCGACUCAUGACUCUGUUCGUAAUGCAGCAGUGCUGGAGGAGAUUCCGGGACCUUCGAUGAAACAGGCCCGUUUUCGAGAUGGACAGCUUGAGGAAGGAUGGGACGUUCGUAAGGUUGGGCUCUGCACGGCUCUGGAAACAUAUCGGAACGUGUUGGCUCCGGCAUUGCUGCCUUGGACGGGUGUCGAAUAUGUGAGCAUUUAUGAUGCUAUUGUUGGGGUCAUCCAAGCGCUCAUACCUCGCCUGAUUAUUGUUGAUCCUUCCUUUGUCCCGGCUGUGGAUGUUUGUCGUAAUUUGCAUUGGCGACAUGUUCUGCUGGGGCCCAACCCGGCAAAGGAGCAAGUGAUCCAGCUUGGUUCUGGGUUCACCUAUCCACUGAAAUGCUGGGCCAAACUGCGCAACGCCUACCUGGGGAUUCACCUCGAAAGCGCCAUUAAGGAUUCAGAGAAUUUCAAAGACGUUGAGGAAGCCCGCCAUUCCCGGGGGAUCGAGGGAUCUAUUCCUAUCCCCUAUGUGCAUCCCGAAAUUGCAGUCAACAACACGAUUAUCAGCCCUGCCCGCCUGGAGACCGACUUCCCGCUGACUUUACCUGAUAAUGUCGUUCUCUGCGGCCCUAUCGUUCGCCCCUACCGUCUGAUCGAGAUGGAGGAUCCCGAGAUCGCCCAUUGGCUCUCACAGCGUCCUACCGUUUUAAUCAACAUGGGUACCCGGUUCUACUAUGAUGAUAAGAAGCAGGCCGAGUUCGGCAAGGCCGUAUGCAAACUGCUAGACGCGAAGCCCGACAUGCAGGUCCUGUGGAAGCUGCAACGCGAUGAAGGCGUCACCGUCAGCCAAGGACUCAUCGAGAUGUUACAGGUUCAUCUGGAUGAGCAACGCGUGCGUGUCGAGAGCUGGUUUGCGUUCGAGCCCAUGUCUCUUCUGAUGAGCGGCCAUAUCACUUGCGUGGUGCACCAUGGCGGGGCCAAUGCCUACCAUGAGGCUGUCAGGGCGGCGAUUCCGCAGGUUGUUCUCCCGGUCUGGUUCGAGACAUACAACUUCGCUGCGCGAGUUGAGUAUCUUGGCAUCGGCGUCUGGGGCAGUCGCAAGACGGCGCCGGUCGUGAGUGGAGAGGAGCUAGGCGAGGCGCUGCUCCGCGUGGUGGCCAGCGAUGAGCCCAAGGGAAUGCGCGAGCGAGCCAUGUAUGUCUCCGCGCAAUUGCCUUUGAAGCACGGGCGCGCGAUUGCGUACGAUAAGAUCCUCGAGGCCAUGGCCCGUAACAUUGCGGAAAAAGGACCCCAAACCAAACCCAUCACACUUUACAACCGCACAGCCUCUAAGGCCACCACCUUCGCCUCCAGCCUCCCCGCCAACAAAGCCACCUUCAGCACCUCUCUCUCGGACGCCAUCUCCAACGCAACCAUCAUCUUCAUCUGCGUCGGCGACGACGCAGCCCUCGAGGCCGUCAUCUCCGGCCUCCCCACCACCUCCCUCUCCUCCAAGAUCAUCGUCGACUGCUCCACCGUCCACCCGGACACCUCCCGCAAAGCCCAAUCCACCCUCGCCUCCCACGGCGCCUCCUUCAUCGCCUGCCCGGUCUUCGGCGCCCCCGCCGCCGCAACCGCCGGCCAACUCAUCGUCGUUCCCGCCGGCGAUGCCUCCUCCAUCGACCGCAUCAAGCCCUUCCUGGACGGUGUCACCUCCAAGGCCACCAUCUCAAUGGCAGGCGAGGACGUGGGUCGUGCCACGACGCUGAAGAUCCUGGGCAACACCUUCAUCUUGAACACGGUGGAGACGGUGGCGGAGGGAUUGGUGACGGCUGAGAAGUGCGGGCUGGGCACUGAUGUGUAUCGGCAGUUCAUGCAGACGUUUUUCCCUGGGCCGUUUGCGCUGUACGCGGAUCGGAUGAUCACGGGGGAUUAUUAUAAGCGGGAGGAGCCGUUGUUUGGGGUGGAUUUGGCGAGGAAGGAUUUGAGACAUGCGGCUAGUUUGGCUGGGGAGGCGGGGGUUAGGUUGAGGAGUGUGGAGGUUACGGAUCAGUAUUUGCAGAAGGUCAAGGAGGAAAUGGGUGUGAAGGGUGAUAUUGCGGGGGUUUAUGGGGCUGUGAGGAGGGAGUCGGGGUUGGAGUUUGAGAAUUAA